CCCGUUAGUACAGUGUAAACACUCGUCAGGGGAGGCUUUGCCCAGUGUCUCUGCGUCUCGUGUGUUCACUUUGUUUAACAUGUGCAAAGUUCUGUUGUGUAUUUUCUUGGCUAAGACAUAAAUUAUUUAAGUAUGACUGGUAAGGUGAAUGAGCCUCGUCCCAAGCAUAUGGUGCAUUGGUUUAGAAAAGGACUGCGGCUCCAUGACAACCCAUCUCUCAGGGCAGGCUUGAGAAACGCUGCCACAUUUCGGUGUAUUUUCAUCCUCGAUCCUUGGUUCGCUGGAUCUUCUAACGUGGGAAUUAACAAGUGGAGAUUUUUGCUGCAGUGCCUCGAGGACCUGGACAGUUCGCUGCGGAAGCUCAACUCGCGGCUCUUCGUCAUCCGCGGGCAGCCGGCGGACGUCCUGCCGCAGCUCUUUAGGGAGUGGGGGACGACAUGCCUUACCUUUGAGAAGGACCCAGAGCCCUUCGGCAAGGCUCGCGAUGCCAACAUUGUUGCCAUUGCACGUGAGAUGGGCGUCAACGUGGUCAUGAAGACUUCACACACACUCUACAAACCGGAGAAGAUCAUAGAAAAGAAUGGUGGGAAGCCGCCUCUAACGUACAAAUCCUUCCAAAACAUCCUCAUGAACAUGGACCUCCCACCACUGCCACAAGGAACCAUUACGUCGGAGGAAGUGGAAGACAAGCAGACACCCAUUUCCGACGACCAUGAUGAAAAAUACGGUGUCCCCUCACUGGAGGAGCUUGGGUUUGACACAGAACAGCUUCAGCAGACUGUGUGGAAGGGAGGAGAGAGUGAAGCUUUAACGAGACUGGAGCACCACCUGGAAAGAAAGGCGUGGGUUGCCUCCUUUGGCAGACCCAAGAUGACCCCGCAAUCCCUGUACCCUUCUCGGACAGGGUUAUCUCCGUACCUGAGAUUUGGCUGUUUGUCCUGCCGUAGAUUCUUCAUGGAGCUGAAUGAGCUCUAUCGAAAGAUAAAGAAAUCACCCCCACCACUAUCCUUACAUGGCCAGUUACUUUGGCGGGAGUUCUACUAUACUGCUGCGACCAACAACCCUAAAUUUGACCACAUGGAAGGGAACCCAAUAUGUGUACAAAUACCUUGGGAUAAGAAUCCAGAAGCACUUGCCAAAUGGGCAAAUGGUCAGACUGGUUAUCCAUGGGUAGACGCCAUCAUGACCCAGUUGCGGACAGAAGGAUGGAUCCACAAUGUAGCAAGGCAUGCUGUGGCAUGUUUCCUGACCCGGGGGGACUUGUGGGUGUCAUGGGAAGAGGGCAUGAAGGUAUUCGAUGAACUUCUGCUGGAUGCAGAUUGGUCAGUCAAUGCUGGUUCAUGGAUGUGGUUGUCCUGUUCAUCCUUCUUCCAGCAGUUCUUCCAUUGUUACUGUCCUGUUCGGUAUGGCAGGAAGGCAGAUCCCAAUGGUGACUUUAUUCGAACCUACCUGCCUGUGCUUAAGAACUUCCCCACCAAGUACAUCCAUGAACCAUGGACCGCGCCCGAGUCAGUACAGAGAGCUGCGAAGUGCAUCAUUAGCCGAGAUUACCCCAUGCCAAUGGUGGAUCACAUCAAGCAGAGCCAGAAUAAUAUUGAGCGGAUGAAGCAGGUCUACCAGCAGCUGGUUCACUAUAGAGGAACAAUACAUCCAGCUAUCAAGUCCCCCAAAGUGGACCACUAUCCACCACCACCCCCCGACUAUGAGAAGCCACGCAGCAACAAGAAUGGCAAGAAUGACAUUCAGCGUGACUCCAACUAUAGAGUACAAGUGCAGGCCUGACUCACACCGGCCUCGGACGACCACGAGAGUUGAGGAGGUUUUUUCCCCUCUCUCUCUCUUGGUCGGCUCGAGUGGUUAUUCAACUGAAGGGAAUGUGAAACCCCUCCUCCCCCCUUAUACCCCCCUCCUUUUGAUGUCUGUACACCUGGCAAAAGUCAUUCCGGGAAAUUUUGAUGACUUGACACCUGAAGUUGUCAACUGUGAGGGGAGGAUGUCGGGAUUUGAGGUGUUACUGUAUCCAUUAGUUGGUUUAAAGAAAAUUGUUUAAAAUUGUCACAAAGUGGAUCUGGUUAGGAGUCAUUAUGAUAACCCAAAAUUGUAUGGGAAAUUUUAAGCUUUCAGCCUGCUAAUGUAAUUGCCUUCCUCUAAUACCUUACUAUAUCUAGCAGUUUCAGAAAUAAGAAAAAUUGUUCUAAUUAUGUGAAUAUGUAUGAAAUGAUAAAUGCUGUUAUAUCAGGAGGCUGAUGACAUACUGAGCUGACAAAUGUCAAAUGUACAGUUACUGAUAAUUUCAGAACACAGUGAUUGCUGAUAAUGUAAUAUUUAUGCAUUGGUCGACAAUUGUGAAAGCUGUGUGAGAGAUUACACCCUGAUUUUAUAGAAAUGAAACGCUUAGACGAAAGAAAGAAUACAGAGUAUCUCUGUAAUAUAUGUAUUAACAGUACUGAUAAUAGAUGUGGAAGCAUGUU